AGCACACUAUGACUCGGGAAUUAGACCAAAAUAAAAUACAGUUCCUUUCGGAAAGACUUUAGCUGUGACUGAAAGCUGUAAAAUGCAGGAAUGUGAUGUGGAGUUUUACUGAUGUGGAUCUGAUGGGGGGCUGCUGAUAACCUGUCAGAGGACAUUACAGACAUUACGAGCGUCUUCUUUUGUCUCACAGACUCCAGCUGUCGAGGACUUUGCUGCAUGUUCUGAUCAUCCAGAAGAUGUCGACUCUCACCAGGAGAAGAGCGCAGAAGGUCGAGACACUCCGAGUGAACCAGCACUGGAAGAAGCUCAGGACAUGAUGGAGGAGUAUUUUGAACAUGUCUCAUGGCACAGUGACAUUUCCUCAGAUUGUAUUGGAGAUCAUGAAAACGUUUCUGCUCCUAAACACUCCCCUGACCUCAGAAAGCCUGACUCAGGAGGUCAGCAUGAGGUUGUUGUUGGUCCACAGGUCAAAGCCGACGGAGAGGAACUAAUGGUAGCAUCGGGAAGCGAGUGCAGUGUGAUGAGUAUGAACUCAGCUUCAGGAUGUGAAGCUCUUAAGGAAGCUGGAGUUCCUUCUUACACACAUACUGACAUGUCUGAUGCACCAAACGACUUCGAUUCACAGCUUUUAAUGACUUCCAAGGAACUCAUGGAACCAGAGGAAAACAGCUGCAAUGCAGUGAUCUUAGAUCAUUCAAGGCUUGAUGAAGCUACAACUCCAUCACCAUCUAAAGAAGCUGGACUUCUGCCCCCCCUGCAGUCCCCUACAGCAGCAGAAGACUUGACAGAUCCAGAUUUAGUGGAUUUGUCUUCUUCUAGGUGCCUCAGAAAGCUGGACUCUUCUUAUUCAGAAAGAAAGAAUGAUGUUCUUGAGAUAAACACUGGUGAAGAACUCCUGGCACUAUUACCCAGUGACUCCAGGGGAAAGUUUUCUGAUGAUUCAGGGCAUCGUUCAUCUCUUGAGAUCACGUCACAUGUCGCUGGACUUUCUUCCAUUUUUCAGAUUAUGUCUGAAGAAACCGUUACACUGACUGACGGAAGUAAAGCAGUGCCUCAGUUAGAACCAACCCCUUAUUUACGCACAGAUCACAGGAAAUGUUCUCCUAAAAGCUCUCCUGUCCACAGAAAUCUUGAUUCAGGGGUUGAAGAAGUUCUAUAUGGUUCAUCCCUUGAAGCAGGUGGGCUUCCUUCCAUCUCUCCGGCUGAUGUAUCUCUCUCAGAUUUGACAGAGCUUUCUUCUGUUCCUGAAAAGAACCCUAAGCUGGUCUACAGAAGUUCUUCAGCACCAGAGUUAAUCACCACUUCAGACAUCAUUGUAGCAAGCAGUCACAGAGACUAUGCUGUAAACAACGGGGUAAUUUAUUCUGCUAAAAGUUCUCCUGAACUCAGAAAUCUGAAGUCUUCUCAUUCUGAAGGAAAGCACAAUGGUCUGGAGCUGAACAUGGACGGAGAGCAACUGAUGGUUAACGACUGCAAUGUAAUAACUUCAGGUGAUCUUGAGAACACAGAAUUUGCUAAUGGAUUAUCUCCUGAGGAUGCUGGACUUCCUUCCAUUUCUCAAACUAGCGUGUCUGAUACAGAUUCAAACGAUUCACAAAUUUUCUCAGAUUUUACCGACAUAACAACCCACGCUGACCAAUGUGAAGCAGAACCCCGAUUACAGAACUCUUCUGAUUUUGAUGGUAUGGACUUCACUUCUCCUAAACACUUUAAUGACCACAGAAACCUGGAUUUUUCUUAUUCAGAAGGACAGAACAACGGUCUGGAGAUGAACAUGGAACUUCUGGAACCCCUGCAAGCUGAUUCAAAUGCAAUUAUGUUAGAUCGUUCAGAGUGUGAGGACGUUUUAAACAUUUCAUCUCAUAAGGAAACUGAUUUUUCUUCCAUCUCAGAAGCCUGCAUGACAGUUUCUCAAGUUUUAAUAGCUUCUAAAGAGACACUAACACUGAGUGAUAGAAGUGAAGCAGCACCUCAGUUAGGUAACACUCCAGAUUUAGGUGUUACAAUCAUUUCUCAUCCUAAACACUCUCCUGACUUUGUAAGCAUGGAGUCUUCACGAUCAGACAAACGUGUUGAUGGUCUGAAGAUGAACACGGAUGGAGAUCAUGUCAUGGAACCACUGGGAAAGAAGUGUGGUGUAAUAUUUCUUGAUGAUUUUUCACCUAUUAAGUUCUUCUCCAUGGAAGCUGGACCACCUACUAAGGCCAGCGAAUCCAACCCAGAUGUUAGCGAUUCACAACUUUUUCCAAUUUCUAUAGAGACAACUGAACUCACCUACAGAAGUGAAGCAGCUUCUCAGUUAGAAAAAAAUUCUAAUUUAGUUCUUGCGAGCAAAGAUCAAGUGGAUUAUUGUUCUCCUGAAUGUACUCCUGAUCUUAGAGAACUGAAAAACAUGGAGUCAUCUCAUUCUGAAAUAAAGAAUAAUGGUCAGCAGAUGAAUGGUGAUGGAGCACCACCGAAGUUACCAUUGGAAAAUUGCACAGUAGAGAUCAGUGCUGUGAUUUUAGAUGAUUUAGGAGAUAACAAAGCUGCACAUUGGUCAUCUCUUGAAGAAGCAGGACUUCUUCCCACUUUGCACAGAAACAGACUAUCAAAAGACUAUCAAAAGACCGAUUCAGAACUUUUUACGACUGAAGUAGAUGAUAAACUUAUGUCUAUUGGCCAAAGUGACAUAGAGCUCCAGUUAGAUCACACACCAGAAGCAGGUCUUCCAAGCAAAGAUCUUGAAGAACAUUUUUUUCCUGACCACAGAAAUUUGGAAUUGUUUGAUUCAGGAGUAACAAACGAUAGUAUGCAAUUAAAAACAGACCCAGAAGUACUUGUAGUACCAUCAACAGGUAACUACAAUUCAGUGGUUUUGGAUCAUUUACACUGUAGUGAAGUUGUGAAUUCAUCAUUGCUUGAGAUCUUGUCAGAGGAAGCUGGAUUUCGCUUCAUCUCCCAGGCCAGCUUGUCUUACACAGAUCUGAUUACUGACCAAACUAAAACUGUGGCCCUGUUAGACAUCAGUUCUGAUGUAGCUGAUAAAUGUAAAGAUCAACUUACAUUUCCUUUGUCUCAGAGUUCUCCUGACCUCAGAAAUCUGGGCUCUUAUCAUUCUGAAGGAAAGAACAAUGGUCUGGAGUUGAGCAUGGAUGAAGACCAACUCGUGAGACCACUGGCUAAAGACUGCAAUGUAGUAACUUUAGAUGAUCUUGAGAGCACAGAAAUGAAUAAUGAACUAUCUUCUGAAGAAGCUGGACUUCUAUCACACAGUGAUGAUCUGAAGAUGAACAAUGAUGGAGAGGAACCCAUUAUGCCCCUGAACAGUGCAAUGAUUUUAGAUGAUUCGGGGCAGGAUGAAGUUCUAAAUGGUUUAUCUCCUGAGGUGGCUGGACUUCGUUCCAUCUCACAGGCUAGCACAGAUUUAACCAACACAGAUUUAAUUAGUUCACAAGUUUCUACAACUUCAGAUCACACCCUUGCACCAUCAGAUGUCAGUGAAGUGGAGCCUUAUUUAGAGAUCGAAGCUAAUUUACCUGCUGCAAAUAGAAAUGAAAAAGAAUCAGAUAAUAAAUGUAAAAUGAAGAAUCAUGUUUCUGAAAUGACACAAAUGUUGAUGCACACACAUGUGGUAGAACCUCUGGCUCAGAUCGAUAAAGCUGGGGUCAAACAUUCAGAGCUGAAUAGUAGCAUAUUUGUGGAUCCAUCAGCAGAUGCUAAGAUGUUUGUGGAAACAUUAAUGGACGGAUAUCCUCGUGUUUGUCCUCGUGCCAGCUCUAAGUUUCAAUCUGAAGGUGUGACAUCACUUCAGAAGGAUCAGGGACAGUUUGAACGUCCAAACAUCAACAUGGAGCCUUUAUUAGAACAUUCUUCUCCUAUUAAAGUCUGUACUUAUUAUUCAGCAGAGGACGAUUCCUCAAGUCUGUCGUAUGCUAACAGAUUUAUGUCAUGGCCUAAGGUUCCUCUGAGCGAUGAACAUCCUUUGGAUUUGGAUUUGAAUCAUGAUCAAACUGAACGAAGGUCUAACAAUUUAAAUGGUUUAGUAAAUUCUUGCAGUGUGAAAGAAUUUACUGCCAAAUCCCAGCAAGAGCAGGAGGUUAUUUAUACAGAGAACUCUGGUUAUAUUGACUCGUAUCUGAUGACAGCUUCAACUGGUAAAGAAUCACAAAGUGCUUUGGGAAAUGUUUUAGACAGUUGUGUGGGACAACUUCCAGGUCCAGCUGAGGUUUUCUUCAAGGAAUCAACUCCUUUAAAUAGAUUCAAACUGGCUCUGAAAGAAGACCAGAGUAAAUCUGAAAAGGUAAGUUCUAAAGAGCAUGAAGUCAAGAGCAUUUCAUGUACUGGUUACUCCAGGAAGAACGAGUGUUUUGAAGCACAUCAUGGUUCAGACACGAACAAUAACACAAAGCAACACACACCUGAGACACCAGGUACAUUACAGUCUUUUACACUACAACAGGAACUCGGGAAACAUGUGCAUCCAUCCUUGAACAUCUUCUCAAAUGUAUUAAACAACACUGACAGCUUUGUUGAGAUCCCUGAACCAGUCAUGAUGGCUUCCAAAAUGGACAUUUCAAAUCCACGUCAUGUAGAAGAUGCUUUUCAGGGAACGAUACACAGCCAGUUGGAGGAAAACAAGGAAAUCAUGUCAGAUCCUACAACCUCUCCAAACACAGAAACUCAACAUGGAUUGAAUUCACAAGAACUUUCUUUAAAUGGAAUUAAAAGUCAGAAUAUCCUCCAGGAGGAGAGCCUGAGUCCUUGCUUUGUCAGUGUUACUAACGGAUUAAGAAAUGAUGAAUCCAAAACAGCACCUUUUUGUUCAGAUUCUCUUCAGUUCCAGAGUUACCACGUUAUAGAUAUCAACACUGGUGUAGUUUCAGAUCUGGAACCCAUCAUGGAGUUAGAGCACCCUCAGAAGAGCUCAAACAGUUUGGAUGGAGAACAGGACGAUCUUACCUCAUCUGUGGACAAGGAUGAAUGCAACCUUUUACUAAGGGAUGUAAAUGAUGCGCUAUGCAAUGUCAGGUCUAUGAAAGGAGUUUCUGAUGAACCAGAACAUGUAGACACCACCACGUGUCUGAUAGACCAACAUGAUAGUAAUGGUUAUCUUCCCAAUUCCACAUGUCCAGAUCAAGACUUUAUCACCACAAACAGUGAAGAAGUUGAAAACUCUAGUCAAAGCCCAACAGAAAGCAACUCCAUCUCCACUGGCAACUUCCAAAGCUUAUUAAAGAACAAGGAGACCAAGAGCAUGUCUGAAGGGAAAAGCUCAAGGUUCUCCAGGUUCACAAGAAUCCCCUCCUUCCGCAAAAGCAAGAGAGAGCACAAGGUUGGGAACAAGGUUGAACUUGAGACCAAAAUAUCUCCUGCAGAUGGAGAAGAGAUCAAUCAGACACCUAAUCAUAUUCUUAUUGGAGAUCACUUGGCACAAUAUGAGGAUCAAUCUAGCAGUAAUGUCUUUGGCCUCAAAGCCCUCAGCGUAACCGGGAAUGCACAUUCUAAAUCCAGCUCUAGCUCCAAGAACACACAACAUAUCAAAUACAGUGAGGAAGUGCAAAUUAAACCUGUACUUGAGCCACAGAAGAAGAGCAAGAGCAGUGAUAACUUCCUCAUGAGGUCUCUGUCAAGCUUGUUCGACAUUCGAACUGGUGAAAAAGACAAACAACAGGACUCCAACUUUCUGAACCAGGAUACAAAAUCCAAGCAACCUCGGAAGAAGAUAAAACUGUCUAAAGAUACUGAGAUGCUAAAGAGAACUCUCUCUCUUCCUGGGUCAAGUGUUGCCAAGUCUAGAUGGCGCCUCCAGAGUGAAUUUGUGCCUGGGUUAACUGAGGAUUGUCUAAACCUUCAGGGAUUCCAAAGCUCCAAAGAGGAUUUGAAAAAUGCAUCAAGCCCCGAUGCAUCAGAAACAGAGCUUGCUGUGACAAGUACACUAUCUAAUGGUCUAGAUGAAAACUCUGAUGUUUUUAAGGCUGUCCAAAGUUAUGAGAACCCCUCAGAGACACUUGUACACCCUUCUGUUUUUGCUCUUGCAAAUCAGUUAUCUCCAUCUCGGACAAGAUCCCUGGGUUCCUUUGAAGGACUUGAUAUGCCGGCUAGACCAGUGACUCCCAAACCACAAAAUCCUGGGGUUUGGAGCCAGAGGAGCAGCUUCCAUUCCUCCUCAAAAUCUGUUGCAGCGUCCUUGUGCUCACUGGGUGAAGUGGAUGGACUGUCAGAUCACUCACAAAGGCGAGUUGGUGAAAGAACAACACGUCUUGCGUCGGCUCAGUUUUUUAAUUCUGAGCAUUUACUUGAAGGUAACGGCUCAGACAACCAAUCCCAGACCAGCCUGUUGUCCAACAACUCAGCCACUGAGUCUGAGCCUGCACCUGAUGAAGGUCAAUCAGCUCUUCAGUCAUCUUCCUCUGUUCUGCGUGUCAGAAGAAGUGAUCGGCGUGUGGUGCGACCCAGACCUCUAUCUGACCUCUGCAGCUGGAGUUCACCACUUCAGGAAAUUCGUGAAACAGCGGUCGAUCCGACUGAGGAGAGGAAGGUCAUAGAAAUUUGGAAAGCUAAGUCACAGAAGAGAUCGUGUUCAGAUGAGCUGCUCGGGGAAUUCCAGGGGAAGCAGAAGAUGAAGACGAUGAUGCUGAGAACAACAUCUGAGGAGCAGAAGAAUGGGCAGAUGAGUCUGUCUUUAACGUCCCCACAGCAGUUGUCCUCCGUGUUUCUUAAAGAUCACUUCUUCUCUCAAAGCACUCCCAUUGGACUCAACUGUCUCCACUGGCCACGCCCAGUUUCAUUCUCAGAGUCGUGUCUCAUUCGACCUUCAGCACACACACUUGUGCAGCCAGCCGCUGUCGCGUUGGUGAUCACUGAUGGACCUCAGGAUAAAUCAGGUCUCUGUGAUGAGGUGGGCAGCGAAGACGAGCUGUACAAUGACUUCCACAUUUCUGCCAAUCGCUUAGGAGGAGGUGAACAACUCGCUAUUAAUGAGCUGAUUAGUGAUGGCAGUGUGUGUGCUGAGGCUCUGUGGGAUCACGUCACCAUGGAUGACCAGGAGCUCGGCUUCAAGGCCGGAGACGUUAUUGAGGUUGUGGACGCCACCAAUAAGGAGUGGUGGUGGGGACGAGUGCAGGAGAGCGAGGGCUGGUUCUCUGCCAGCUUCGUCAGGCUGCGUGUGAAUCAGGACGAGCCCCUAGAGGACGAUAUGGCCCAGGGGGCGGGGGAGAGCGGGGUCACGGAGGUGGGGGGGUCCUGUGGGCCAGGGUUACCGUGUAAAGAGCAGAUGAGGGCGAAUGUGAUUAAUGAGAUCAUGAGCACAGAGAGAGACUACAUCAAACAUCUGAAGGACAUCUGUGAGGGCUACAUUAAACAGUGUCGUAAACGGACCGACAUGUUCACAGAGGAGCAGCUCAGGACCAUCUUCAGUAACAUCGACGAACUUUAUCGCUUCCAAAAGAAAUUUCUCAAAGCCAUGGAGAAAAAAUACAACAAAGAGCAGCCACACCUGAGCGAGAUCGGCUCCUGCUUCCUGGACAACCAAACAGAGUUUCAGAUUUACUCAGAGUACUGUAACAAUCACCCCAACGCCUGUGUCCAGCUCUCCAAGCUGAUGAAGAUGAAGAAGUAUGUGUUUUUCUUCGAGGCUUGUCGUCUGCUGCAGAAAAUGAUUGACAUCUCGCUCGAUGGCUUCCUGCUUACACCUGUUCAGAAAAUCUGCAAAUACCCACUGCAGCUGGCAGAACUCCUCAAAUACACCAACCCUCAGCACAGAGAUUAUAAGGAUGUGGAAGCUGCUUUAAACGCUAUGAAGAACGUGGCUCAGCUGAUCAACGAGAGGAAACGUCGUCUGGAGAAUAUCGACAAAAUCGCUCAGUGGCAAAGUUCCAUCGAGGACUGGGAGGGUGAGGACGUUCUGAGUCGGAGCUCUGAUCUGAUUUUCUCAGGAGAUUUGACUAAAUUCUCUCAGCCUCAGGCCAAAGGUCAACAGCGCAUGUUCUUCCUGUUCGAUCAUCAGCUGGUCUUCUGCAAAAAGGAUCUGCUCCGGAGGGACAUUUUAUAUUAUAAAGGUCGCCUGGACAUGGACCAGGUGGAGGUGGUGGAUGUAGAAGACGGUAAAGAUAAAGAUCUGAAUGUGACGGUGAAGAACGCGCUGAAGUUACUGUCUCCUGAUGGAGCAGAGAUUCAUCUCCUGUGUGCUAAAAAAUCGGAGCUGAAGCAGCGCUGGCUCCGAGCCUUCGCCGAAGAGAGACAUCAGGUCCAACACGACCGAGACACAGGAUUUUCCAUCACAGACGUGCAGAAGAAGCAGGCCAUGCAGAACGUGUCCAAACAUCCUCCAGCUGGGAAACCCAAAGCUCUACACCACCUGCUGGUUCUUAAAGCUCCACUUCUACGCUCCAAAAGCUCCAAAUGCCUUCAUUACCCAGAAUCCCCUGGGCCUGACUUCAACUCCUCCCCUCUUCCUGAAGUUAUAGCGCCCCCUGGUGUCCUGCGAAGGGCCAUUUCCUGGGUCUCCUCUCAGAGUAGAGACCUGCUCCGAUAGACUAGGGGUAAUUAUAAAGAGAGAAUAAAUGUCUAACAAAUAUAACACUGUAAUUACCGUUUAAUAACUAAACUACAUAAACCAUCAUCCAUGGUGUAAUAACAGAUCUCCACUUAAUUACAUGUUAAUAACCGAACAGGUCGACAGAAGAGUGAAAGAACUGCAUUAUAUAAAUAAUUAGGGAACUACAACAGUUCUGAUUAUAUUUGGUUAUAUUCAUUAAUUAUAGAUAAACAUUGUGCUGUGUUUAAAGAUUUUAUUAUAGUCCAUGAAUUGUACAAUCUUUAUGAACUCUUUAUGAAAUCUUUAUGAACUCUAAUGGAGACUGUAAUGUUAAUGAAUAUAAAAUAGCAGACGGUGUAAUAACGACAUUCCAGAAUUUUCCCGUAACACUAUUUACGUUUGAUUAACUUCACUACAUUAAAAUGACGAGAUCACGUCACUUGAUGUUUAAUAACUACAGGACAUCCGUUAGCUCGGUCUCUGUCCUGCUGCACUGUGUGAACACCUCACGUUCUUCAGCUGAUCUUUCCCUUUGUGUUAUAUCUCAUAGAAAAGAUCUACUGUAGCAGUGCAUUGUGGGAUUUCACUGGACGUUUAUCACUAUAAAAAAACACAGAAUUUUUAAAAAGCAGCGUAUUAAUGAUGACGUAUUUAUGAACGCUACAGAGUCAUCAUCCAGUCUGUCUUUCCAUCUGUGUCUCUCUCUCUCACAGACACACACACACACACACACACACACACACACACACACACACACACACACACACACACACACACAUGCUUCCUCUGAUGUAUGUUCUGGUGUUUAUCAGCAAUCAGGUCUGUGCUGAACUCAGAGUUUAUGAUGACCCAUUAGUUCCUCAGGAGCUCUCGGCUGCACUAUUAUAAACUGUUGUAGAAAGGACAUUAUUUACAUUUACACUAUUUACUGUAAGUGUCACCCAAAUGAGGAUGAGGUUCACUUCUGAGUCUGGUUCCUCUCAAGGUUUCUUCCUCUUAUCAUCUCAGGGAGUUUUUCCUUUCCUUUCCUUUCCUUUUCGCCUCCGGCUUGUUCAUUAGGGAUAGAGAUAGAUAUACAGUGUGUUAUAUUAAGUUGACCUUUUUAAAAUGAAGUUUAAACUUUAAUUGUAUAUAUUCACUUAUUUAUUUUUAUCCUCAUUUCUUCUUCUUCUUAUAUAUUUAUUUCUUUUUCUCUCUCUUCUGUUUCUACACUUGUGUAAAGCUGCUUUAAGAUGAUGGGAGUUGUUAAAAGCGCUAUAGAAAUAAAUUGAAUUGAACUGAAUUGAUGAACCGUGUGAUCUGAAGCGUGCUUGUGUUCACCUGUCAUCUUUAACCCCUCACACACAUAAGAGUGUCAU